AUGAAUAGAUUCCUGUAUUCCUUUGCAACCAUUGUGGCUGUUGUCAAUGGCUACGCAAUUGGAGGCGGUCAGUAUGGUGGCUCCAGUGGCGGCGGUGCGGUGAUCGGUGGAAGUGUCUAUCGACCAGCUGUUUCGCAGCAAACAAUUGCUGUAGCGGUGCCUACUUACAGUGCUUCCUCCGGCGGCUACGGCGCUUCCUCCGGUGGCUACGGCGCUUCCUCCGGCGGCUACGGUGCUGGUUAUGGUGGCUCGUCAGGAGGAUAUGGUAGUUCGUCGUCCAUUGAUAUAAGCAGCUUGCUAUUGGCAGCCGGAGGUGAACUCGGCACACAAAAUUUGGCUCAACUGGCAUUAUCACUGCCAUCAGCUGGAGGUCCGCUAAUUGACACCACUGGUCUUUCCUCCUACAGCGGCAGUGCAUCUUAUGCUGUUCCAUCGGGUGGCAACCUCGCCUAUGCUAUUGCUCCAGCUCCGAUCGUACACCAUGCUCCAGCACCAGCUCCAAGCGUUUACCAUGCUCCAGCUCUAGCUGUAGCUCCACAUCAUGCGCCUGCAUUAGCACCAGCACCCGCCGCAGCUCGUAGUCCUUCAGCUGCUGCUGCUGCCAGUUACAUUUCAGAUAAUAGCGUUGUUGCUGCUCCAGCCUCUGCUGCCGCUUAUUAAAAUCUGUGAUAUUAAAUAUUUAUACUAAAUUGUGCAUGUUCGAUGUUAAGUUCAGAA